AUGAACGCUAAGUUAGGUACCGGGAGCAGCAAUCUGGUGAAGAGCCUCAAAAAUUCAGAGCUUCGAAGAAGUUCCGCAGCUGGUUUUAGUGCAGCUUCGCAACGACCCCCGCUGCCACCAAAGAUUGAAACCCGCUGCCACAGCUACGAUGGGUUGCUGGACGAUGAUAAAAAACGAGCUACUGAAGGACAAGAUCGAGUGGAUAGUAAAGUUCCUAUAUCCAAAUCUGCCGAGAACACUCCGGAAACAACCAAAUCAACUGAAGAGUCUACUAAGACGAAAAACCGACGGUCGCGCAGCAUGGAUGAUCUCUUUGACGAUGAUCGUGAUUUAGCUAAAUUUCUUGAAAAUACACAAAGCAUGGAAAACCUACAGUCUGAAUCAACGCCUGUGAUCGAAACACCAGAAUCGCCGGUGAAACUGAUGAAUAACAUCUGUCUUAAUCGACGGUUCGUCGAAUCACCCGAGGCAGUUGAGCAGGACGUUUCAGUUCGAACAGCCGAUACGGCGUCCCCUGAGUCGUGCUAUGAGCAACCUUGUGAAAAUGAAACUAUCAUCAUUGACAGCACCAUACGGGCGAGCGAUAGCAAAUCCGAAUUGAAACCGCCUUCCGAGGAAGAUGUAUUAUCUACUACCUCGUCGGUUCAAUCGUUCGCUUCCUCUAGUGACGCUACUAGCGGAAGUAAAAAAUCCAACACGCCCUUCAUCAAUAAGUACGUGAAAAAGGUCAAAUCUCUGAUGAAAAAAUAAACCCCUUUUAUUCGGGUGUCUCUCGAAUAGACCGGAUAAUCAUCUGUGUGGUGAUAACCAAGGAGCAGAGAAAUCCGAAACGAAACAUCUAUAUUUAACAAUUAAGAACCAAUUGUGAUCUUCUAGAACUAUUCUUCGAUAAUAAUAAUAAUAUUAAUGCGCAAUAACAACGAAUACAUGUAUAUUCUUUAAAAUUGAAUUUUUUAUUGUACCUGUACAGAAUCAGUAAAAAGAUAUCAUUAGAAUUUAAGCUUGACCAGAACUUGCACCACUUGGUUGACUGUAUUAACCAUAUAAAAAACGAGAAAUAAAGGAAAAUGUGAUGCAUUCGCGCCAGCGCGGACAUUAGUUAGCAGUAAAAUAUUCUCAUUUUACUAUACACUGUUUUCUUCGCACAAAUAGAGUUGGUUAAUAUGCAAUAAGAUUGCCGGUGAACGCCGCCACAGGGAAAGGGAUUGUCAUUUUGUUAAUUUUUCAUAUUACAAAGGCAGAAAAACACGGAAUAUUUUUCUUUGCAGUAAAGACUCAUGUUUGUGUUUGAGAAGAACAAUAGAACCUUUUUGACGGAAACACAUAGCGUCAAAAAGACGAGAACCAGUAAAACACUCUAGUAUGUAUAAGCUUACAAUACGUUACAGUCCAGAUACAAGAUAAUUUAGGAAGCAUCAUAUUUCCAAUAUUUAUAACCACAAGAAUCAUUUGUUACAAUAUGUGCACAACUAAACGUAGUUUUACGCCACAUAUAUGUUUCUCUAAACUAAGCAAACAGUGGGCUGUUUUCGAUGUAAAUUUUCUUCUUAGCGAUAAAAUGCACGCUCUUGCUGCUAAGCCUUUCAGAUCUACAGUAUAGUUUCUAUGAAUGUGACCACAAUAAAUGGAAUAAAUUUUACGAAAGCUCA